UUUAACCCAAUAUUUGUUAAAUUAGUUUCCGGUGAAGUUCCUGAAGUGCCAUGUAUAUCCCCAGUCUCAGGUUGUGUCUUCGAGAAACGUUUGUUGGAGAAAUUUGUUUUUGAGCACGGUACGGACCCCGUUAGUAACGAACCUUUGUCCAUGGAACAAGUCGUGGAAAUGAAGACCAAUCCAUUAGUGAAACCUAAACCACCAUCAGCAACAAGCAUCCCUGCUAUUCUUAAAUCCCUUCAAGAUGAAUGGGACGCUUGUAUGUUGACAAGUUUCACCCUGAGACAACAACUGCACACUACAAGACAAGAGUUGUCACACGCAUUGUACCAGCAUGACGCCGCAUGUCGAGUCAUCGCUCGCUUGACCAAGGAGGCCACAGCUGCCCGUGAAGCGCUUGCUACGUUAAAACCGACAUCUGGGGUCCAACAAACCAAUCAACAUCAACCUGCUGCCAUGCAAGUGGAUAAACAACAAGAUGAUGGUGAACCCAUCGGACUGACGGAGGAUGUGAUACAGAAACUCCAGGAUAAAGCGAGUGUCCUCACUUCUGAGAGGAAGAAGAGAGGGAAGCGAAUGCCGGAGGAUCUCGCUUCUGCUGAUGACAUCAGGAGUUAUCGACCUAUUGCAAGCCACCCUGGUUUACAUUCGGCUUCAGUUCCCGGGAUAUUAUGUCUUGAUCUUUGUUCAUCGGAUACUAACAGGGUUAUAACUGGAGGAGCAGAUAAGACAGCUGUUGUGUUCGACAAAGAGAACGAACAAGUGAUCACAACAUUGAAGGGACAUACAAAGAAAGUCACCCAUGUAUUGUACCACCCUGUUGAGGACGUUGUCUUCACAUCAUCACCAGAUUCUACAAUUCGUAUCUGGUCGGUUCAAAACGGGGAUUGUUCAUCCAUUAUUAGGACACAUAAGGAGGCCGUUACAGGCAUCAGUUUGCACGCACUUGGUGAUUACUUGUUGAGUUGCAGUGAGGACCAACACUGGGCAUUCAGCGAUGUUAGAACGGGUCAAACACUUUGUAGAGUGACUGACGAUGCCAUUAGCAGCGCAUUGACGUGUGCACAAUUCCACCCCGAUGGAUUGAUCUUCGGAACAGGAACCGUGGACAGUCAGAUCAAGAUUUGGGAUUUAAAGGAAAGAACAAACGUUGCCAACUUUCCUGGUCACUCAGGACCGGUCACAGCGAUCUCGUUCUCCGAGAAUGGAUAUUACCUCGCUACUGCUGCUGAUGAUGCUUCAGUUAAACUAUGGGAUUUAAGGAAACUUAAAAACUUCAAGACUUUGAGCAUGGCUGAUAAUUAUGAGGUUAAAUCGUUGACGUUCGAUCAAUCUGGUUCAUACUUGGCAGUAGCAGGAACCGACAUGCGUGUUUACCUUUGCAAGCAAUGGGUGGAGUUAAAGUCAUUCACCGAGCAUUCAGCUUUAACUACAGGAGUUCGUUUUGGAAAGAACGCAAAAUUCCUCGCCUCGUCUGGCAUGGAUCGUUCGCUAAAGUUCUAUGGGGUUCAGUGAUGUCACGGCCACCAUUAGAGGGCAGUAUAGUGGAUUUUGUAACUAAGCACCGACGUGCAUUAUUACCAAACAAUGAGUUUUGUAACGCAGACAAUAUGCAUUGUCAUCUAAAGUGAUUUUCAAUCAUAGUUGACCACCUCGUUUUACAGCCAUUUUGGGAUCAUUUUGUAGUAAAGUGAAAAUUGUUGAAAAUUUAAACUAGACAUCUUGUAUAUAUUGGUAAACCUGGUAUUACUGCCAGCCUGAAUAAAAUAAAUAAAUCAUUUAAAACAGUGA